GUCAUCUGUCAAACCCUUCGAAAAUAAACAGUAAUCAGUUAGAACAGACUGCUUUACAAUCUAUCCGGGCCGUUUUCGUCAAAAUUCCAGUGUCUUUUUGCAAAAUACAUCAAUCCCAAAGUUUCAAGCCACGUCUCAAGGACAUAAACCAAAUAUAAUCGCUAUCGGUCGGAUGUUUAAUCGUGUCGUUUUGGUUGCGUCACGUCAUUAUAGACCUUGAUUGCUUUUUGAAGGUCUUGGGUUCAAAAAAAUCGUAAAUUAUUUUAUUAUUAUUUCGAUAUUUGCUGUUUUUUUUUUAUAAAAAAUGUCAAGUGUUAGAUGCUCCUUCACCGCCGCUGGGAAGUACGCGCUGGCUGCCAGGAAUGGCAAGCUACAACAAGGUGUCCUAUCGACAAUCUACGCCAAACAACCCGGUCAACAAAAUAAAACGCUUUGGACGAGCAUAGUUUUGUUGAAAACGAUUGGCGCAGGCGACCCACCACCCACCGGCUCCACUCCUCCGCCCCGCGACACAUCGGCAGGCGGCGGAAACGGGAAAAACAAAAACACCCUUUCUUGUCCCAAGUGCGGAGAUCCCUGCACCCACGUGGAGACUUUUGUCAGUUCUACGAGGUUCGUCAAGUGCGAGAAAUGCCAUCAUUUUUUCGUUGUCCUGAGCGAGGUGGACAGCAAAAAGAAGGAGGGCGUGGACGCGAAGAACGGCCACUACCGUAAGCCGCCGCCCCCGCCGAAAAAGAUAUACGAUUACCUAAAUAGGCACGUGGUCGGGCAGGAGUACGCGAAAAAGGUAUUAUCGGUGGCGGUGUACAACCACUACAAACGGAUCUACAACAAUGCUCCGAGCCAGGCGAGCGGCGGCUCCCAGCGUCAGGACAUGGCCAUCAUGGAGCAGGGUCCGCACAGCGUCACCCACAGGGACCCGCUUCAAAUCGCAGGAAUCGGCGCGAUGGGCGUGAACUUCGGGCCCGUGGAGGCUCCGCCCUCCUCCCGAACUACGACGUCCGCGUCCGCCGCUGGCUCCGAUAUCCUCGACAAGACGAACCACGAGCUGAAGCUGGAGAAGAGUAAUAUUUUGCUGCUCGGCCCCACGGGAUCAGGGAAGACGCUCCUGGCGCAAACCAUAGCCCAGUGCCUCGAUGUGCCGUUCGCGAUCUGCGACUGCACCACCCUUACCCAGGCUGGCUACGUCGGGGAGGACAUCGAGUCAGUCAUCGGCAAGCUGCUCCAAGACGCCGGCUACAGCGUUGACAAGGCGCAGAUCGGGAUCGUGUUCUUGGACGAGGUGGACAAGAUCGGCGCUGUGCCGGGCAUCCAUCAGCUACGGGACGUCGGCGGCGAGGGCGUGCAGCAAGGCAUGCUGAAGAUGCUGGAGGGCACCAUCGUGAACGUGCCGGAAAGGAAUUCCCCCCGGAAGCUAAGGGGCGAAACUAUCCAAGUGGACACGACCAACAUUCUCUUCGUGGCGAGCGGCGCCUACAACGGGCUGGAGAGGCUGAUACAGCGGCGUAACAACGAAAACUAUUUGGGCUUCGGCGCGCCGGCAACCACCAGCAAGGGCAGGAGGGCCGUGGCUCAGGAAGCGACCCUGCACCAGUCGUCACAGACCGCUGAGGAGGAGAACGCGGAGCGGGACGCCGCCUUGAAACAGGUUCAGGCGAGGGACUUGAUCGAUUUCGGUAUGAUACCGGAGUUUGUGGGUAGGUUCCCGGUUCUGGUACCUUUCCAUAGCCUGAACCAGGGCAUGUUGGUCAGAAUACUGACCGAACCGAAGAACGCGCUGAUCCCGCAGUACCAGCGGUUGUUGGCGAUGGACCAGUGCCAGUUGUCGUUUACCGAGGAAGCGCUUGGCUCGAUCGCUUCCCUCGCGAUGGAGCGGAAGACCGGCGCAAGAGGUCUGAGGGCGAUCAUGGAAACGCUGCUGCUGGAGCCGAUGUUCGAGGUGCCCGGCACCGGUAUCAGCGAAGUACACAUCACCGAGGACUGCGUCAAGGGCGCGUGCGGCCCGACGUACGUCCGCACCUCACCGGAAACGUCCGAAGAAGACGACCUCGGCGAUUCGAUACGCCUGAAGCAGUGACGGAAGUGGAAGUCGACUUGACGUUACCGCGACGUGUUAACGAUCCCGGGCGGUGGGGAGAGGAGGCGUGCCUAGAGAUUGCCGGUUACGCGCGGGUGAACCGCAGUGCCGUAACGGAUUAUUAUUAUGCACAUUGAAUUAGGAAAUUAUGUGAUUUUAACGUUUUUAAGAGCGAGCGACUGUCAUCGAACAAGGUGUAAAUAUUAGAGCUUUAUUUAGGGCGCGGGGAGGGGGGUAUCGGAAUUAAAGAUUGGACCUCCGAUUCUUUUGGUAUUAUUUUUAUAUCAGAUGUUCAUAGCGUCCGAGAUUAUGUAGAAGAAAUAAUAUAUGAUUUUUUGAUGGGCUAUGCCGUGCAGCGUAUCCCGCAGCGGACUACGAAUUGUUUCGGGGUCCGUGUCUAUAUGGAUCGUUUACAGGAAACGUAGAAUAAAGUUUGUUUUCGAAAAUUAAAAAAGAGUUAUUACAUAAAUUUCGUAAUGCUCGGUGUUUGCAAGUGACGUCAGAACACUUUUUUCACCUAAUUUGUGGCCUUUAACCGUAAACUACAGACAGCGAAUAAUAGAUAAAAAUAAGUCAAAACUUAGGGGAAAUUCGCACAUAGCUGAAAAUUGACAGAUACGUUAAAUAUACCAUUAUACAGUAUAAUGGCAUAUUAUACAUGAAAUGUUAAAAAUCGUGACUGUCCAAAAUAUGUACAUUUAUAUCGGCAUUAUUUGUAAGAUACUGAAUAAAUGUGCCAGUUUCUGGUGUCAAAAUGCGCGGUGGAUGAUGCGGAACUCCUGCUGUUUCAUACAUUAUGUAAAAUAUGAAUGUUCUAAUAGUUGAAACCGCGAUAUCUCUGCCAGUUUUUAGCUCAAUGCGAAUUUUGGCUAGGUCAAAUGUUGCGUCAAAUUUUCUGCUCCUACUUCGACUAGUUCAAUUUUUCAACGCAGGUGGAGGUCGGGUCGACUGUAUAAAACCACCAAAGCGUGUAUAUUCUGUGAUUAUUUAUUUGUCAAAAUUUUGGAGACGCCCGACGUUGACACGUUUUAUCACGCCAUGUCGCACGCGAUGGAUAAAACUUUUUCGGCCGUGUAAGUAGUAGCCAGAUUCCUCGAAAUUUUGAAUGUGUUCGGAAUUUUCCCGCGCAGCAAUGAAAAUAUAAUGAAAUUAUUGCCGCCGCGGGCUGUAGAGCUGCAAGCCUCGAAAGCCGUCAGUUUAAAUUCGCAUUACAUGACGAUGGGGGCGGAGCUCGAGUCCUUGCAGGAACUCGGUUUGCGGGAGCGAAAGGGCCGACUCGAGGCUCUGUUCGUCGACGAUUUUCUAAGAGAACGAAUGGAACUGGACGAAGUCGACUUGGGGUACAUCAAUACGCAACCGUGACAGGGUUGACGAUACAAAUUUUUAAAAAAUCUCGAUCACUUGUAAAUUUCUUAUUCAAUAAAACUGUU